AGAGUUUACGAAACAAGACGCGACAGAUCGAGACGAGCUGAAAAGGUCUGGAAUCUAGUCAUCCCGAUGCGUUGACCUUUUUCCUGUUACGAUUCACAACGUGCCUGUCACAACGCAUUGGAAUUUGGCGCCAAAUUCAGUUUACUCGAAGCUGCAGAAUGGCGAACAAUUUAUUCAUCGUGCUCGAGGAAAAUAUGGAAGAUGUAGAGGACUACCUUCUAUUACAUCAUGGUCACCCAAACAACCUUAAUCUUCAUUUAGAGCUUCCAUAUUUUAAAUAUGAGCGUUUUAGCUUGGAAGAUUUGGCCGAAGAGGAGUGCUCUGUUGAAAUGCGCUUUAAAAAACAGGACAUUUACAACCUUGUGCAAGCCCUUCAUCUGCCAGAGGUUUAUCGCUGCUACAAUGGUGUAAUUGUAGACCCCGUUGAAGCACUUUGUGUCUGUUUGAAGCGUUUCGCGUAUCCCUCUCGCUACGCGGAUUUAGUCCCAAGGUUCGGAAGGCCUGUUCCACAGCUAUGCAUGAUCUUCAACUUGGUAAUUGAUGAUAUUUUCGACAGGUUUUCCCAUCUAUUGAGCGAUCUGAACCAACCAUGGCUUUCGAGAGAGAAUCUCCAGUCAUUUGCUGAUGCAAUACAUAACAAAGGUGCUGCAUUGGACAACUGCUGGGGAUUUGUUGAUGGCACUGUCAGGCCUAUAUGCAGGCCAACCAGGAAUCAAAGAGCUGUCUACAAUGGGCACAAAAGGGUUCAUGCACUCAAGUUUCAGUCAGUUGUGGCUCCCAAUGGUAUGAUUGCUAACCUUUUUGGGCCUGUUGAAGGUAGAAGACAUGACAGCAGGCUUCUUGUAAUGUCUGGUUUAUUGGAGCAGCUGGAACAACACUCCUUUUCCCCAGAUGGUGUAGCUCUUUGCAUUUAUGGUGACCCUGCUUACCCACAUCGUGUUCACCUCCAGCGCCCGUUUGCAAGAAGAGCAGAACUCGCACCAAAUGAGCUGGCUUUUAACCAAUCAAUGAGCCAAGUCCGAAUUUCUGUUGAAUGGCUGUUUGGGGACAUCAUCAACUACUUCAAGUUUUUGGAUUUCAAAAAAAAUCUCAAGAUUGGCCUAAGUUCUGUUGGAAAGUUUUAUGUUGUUGGUGCAUUGUUAAGAAAUGCUUUAACAUGCUUGUAUGGCAACAACACUGCAAAAUUCUUUGAAGUCAUCCCUCCAACACUGAAUGAGUACUUCUUGUAGAUCUACUUGGCAAUCCACCGACUUGAAGACAAGAAAGAUGAUAUCAGCCAGAUGUUCACAGAUAAAAACAGUUUUUUUAAAAGCUACCACAUUUCCAAUGUUAUGAUGAUACCUCAGUAACACCACACAAAAUAUUUGCACACAUUAGACAAAUUUUUAAAGAAAGACUUAGAAUGAUAUUUCCAUAAAAAGAAGCUGAGAGAAAAAACAGGCUACCCUUGCGCCAGACUGGAAACUUUGCUGCGCGCCCGCAAUAUAUUGCCCGCGCACACCUCUGCGCGCUUUUGCAUAUUGGCCGCGCAAAAUCCCCUAGAUCCCUUGACAAUAGGAUUUAACAUUAUUAACAAUAAAGUGCAUGAUUUCAGGCGCGCAGUCUCAAAUUUUCAAAAUAAACUUGCCCGCGCAAGAAGCAAAGUUUCCAGUCUGGCCCUUGCGUACAUGUCUUUUUCUGGGAGUAUACUUUUAUCCUGGUGUUUUUUGUAUAUUUUUUGUAACAUUGAUAUGUACCUAUUUGCUGUAAUCCACCCACAGUUAGAAAUAUGACUCGAUGUUUGAAAUAGUAGCAGAAUAAGAAAAUUUUUCAGAUAAAAAUUCAUCAAAGAUGACAUGCAGAACUCUUAAGCUUGGUCAUUAGUUUGACAUUGGGUACUCCAGUUUCUUAUACUCCUUUUUCAAAAAUUUAAUGCUCAUUGUUUCUUGAGAGUUUCUGAAUUAUUUCAAUAUUUUGGAGCCCUCUAUUUGAUUUUCCAUUCUUGGGAAUUGCCAAGCACAAAUUUGUUGGGGAGAAUCAAUUGAAGUUGCAAAUGGUGAGACUUGCUUGGUUUCAAAUGCACUUUACAUCUCUUUCAAAAGAUUCACUCCCAUUAUAAUGCUGUACAUAGAUGAGGGUAAUUUAUUUUAUUCUCUGUCUAUAGUUGUAUCAUAUAGAUGAAUUUUUAUGAGAGCCCUUUCUAUUAACUAUCUUAAUUGUUUACUGAUUUUCCAGUAUUUGUUUCUUAUGAAAAUUUGCAUGUUUUCAAUUUGGA